GAGCGUGUUAAAAUAUGCCUAUAAAAGCGUGAUCCGUGGAACUUCUUUGAAACCUUCUGGAUGGACCUACCUAAUCAAUGUUAGAGUACAAGCUUUCUCUGGUUCUCCGUAUUGGAUUCGAGUGCGUCGAAAACAGCAGCCCCGAUCAGCAAAUAGGUGAAGGUGCAGACGAUCAAGGAGAGCGUACGGACAUUCUGCUUCUUCAUGCUUCACGGAGAGCGACGCCGCUGGAUGAAGCAGCGGCAACCAAGGCAUCGUGCUGCUGUCUCCCAGCCCAGCUCGUUCCGCCUUCUACUAGCUGUACCUAAACCCACCAUGGUGGACGCCAACCACUCGGAGAUCCUGGGAUGCAUCCCGAACGUGGAACAUUGCAACACCUGCAGCAGAUCAAAAAUUUUACUUAGCACACUUGUAUUAUUUAUCUUAUAAACGUCAUGGAUCUUAUAUUAUUCAUAUUUGAAAUAUUGAACAAAUAACAGAACACAAUAAAAACUA